GCUGGCAGCGGAAUCUUCCUGCGCUGCGGCGCCCGGGGAGGACAGCCCAUGUACAGGCGCCUCCGGUCCGAGGCCGAGCCCGUGUUCCUGUACUACUGGGGUGGCGGGGGCGACGGCAGCGUGGCUGGGUGGUACGUGGCCGCCAGCCCGAGCAGGCAGGCCGACCACGACGAGUACCACGAGUUCUGGAAGUCGGAUCCCGUCCUGCCCGCGGCGGGCGCCGGGGAGUCUGGGGGCACCAUGGAGGUGCGAGCUCAGCUGGACGGGCCCGCGCUGAAGGCUCUCUCGGAUCUUCCGGAGGCGCUGCGCAAGGAGGUAAACGCGGCGUACGCGGGCACCGGCGCCGCCGGCGCCCCAGAGGAGCCCGACGAAGCGGCGUCCGUGGCCGGGGGCUGGAAGCGGCGCAGGGGCCUCCGCGCCGGCGCGCGCGAGGGUGGCGAGGCCGCC